CUGAUUGAUCUUCCCUUAAAAGAGCAGCACAGGUUGAGCCCUAACCAGAAAAAUUUAUAUGCAAAGCAAUCUUGUAAAUUCCAGCAGCAUCAGGUGGAUUUUCAAUUUUGAGUUAACAUCAGGACAGUAUGCGGUUGCUAGAAUUCUUGUUUAAGUUCAUCUGGUAAUGGGGUCUUCAGAGAGAUCAAAGAAAAGAGUUCAGUUAUGGAAGAAAGCUGUUGUCCAAUUUUCUCUCUGCUUUGUUAUGGGAUUCUUCAUGGGGUUUGCCCCAGCGGGUAAGGCCUCAUUUUUUUCUAGCAAUGCUGCUGCAUUGAAUCAAUCGCAGUUUUCCCCGCAACCAGUUGAGAUGUUGCAUCUUUCAAUGACACCGAAUGAUGGGAAUGGCAAUAGGACUUUGAUGGCUGAAACUCCAGUAGAAGUGCCGGCAAGGUCUAGAGAAGUGGAGACUGCAGAAAGCUUGCAGGAAGGAGAAGAUGAGCCCAAGUUGGUUCCUGGAAGGCUUCUGAUUAUUGUUACUCCGGCAGGUUCGGAAGAUCCUUCUCGGGGGGUUUUGCUGAGGAGGUUAGCUUAUACUCUAAGAUUGGUUCCUCCCCCGCUGCUGUGGAUCGUAGUGGAAGCACAGACAGAUUCCUCUGAAGUUUCAGAAAUACUUAGGAAAACUGGUAUUAUGUAUAGGCAUUUGGUUUCCAAGGAGAAUUUCACCGAGCCAGCAGCUGAAAUGGAUCAUCAGAGGAACCUUGCGCUCAGUCACAUUGAGCACCAUAAGCUGAGUGGGAUCGUUCAUUUUGCUGCUCUUUCCAAUGUGUAUGAUCUCCGCUUCUUCGAUGAGAUUAGAGACAUUGAGGUGUUUGGUACAUGGCCAAUGGCAUCACUCUCAGCAAACAGGAACAAGGUGAUCAUGGAAGGACCUGUAUGCGAUUCUUCGCAAGUCAUUGGAUGGCAUCUAAAGAAAAUGAACAAUGAAACAGAAACAAGAUCUCCACUUCAUAUUUCCGGCUUCUCAUUCAACAGCUCUAUUCUUUGGGAUCCAGAAAGAUGGGGUCGCCCUUCAUCUGUUCAGGACAAUUCACAGAAUUCCAUCAAAUUCGUGAAAGAAGUGGCUCUUGAAGAUGAGAGUAAAUUGAAGGGUAUACCACAAGAGGAUUGCUCCAGGAUAUUACUCUGGAAUCUGCAUAUUCCAGUGGGGACGAUACCAAGAUAUCAUCAAAGACUAACUCCACUGGAUGAUAGUAGAAGAUGAUCAUAGAGCAAGUAAAGAGAAUCAAGAAGGAAAUGCACAGGACCAGAGAUUGAAAUUAGAGGCAAAUAUAUGAUCCCAUAUGAGAAUCCCACCUUUAUUUUGUAAUUCCCUUUUUGAUAAUAUUUUUUUUUCACUUUUAGAAAUUUUGUGAUGCUCUUAUUAUUUGCAUUUAAAACAUAAAUUCUUAAAAAAAUAAAAAAAUAAAAUUCUAUCAUUUGUAUUUUGGUA